AUGACAAGAGCUUUGGUGAUGUCAUCAGCGAGUAGAGCUCCCUCGUUCCAGCUCCGUCAUCCAAAUAUCGUGAGGUAUCGGCGGAUUUUUGUUGAGAAUCAUCGCCUCUACAUCCUGAUGGACUUGAUCGAAGGUGCUUCAUUAAAAGAACACAUCACAUCGGUCAGAGAGAAACGCCAGAUUUUUUCUGAAGAUCGCAUUUGGAAUAUUGUCAUUCAGUUGGUACUAGCACUGCGCUAUUUGCACAAGGACAAGCAAAUUGUUCACAGAGAUCUAAAACCGAACAACAUCAUGAUUGCGGAAAAUGACCGAGUAGUCGUAAGUCAGUAG